ACAUGGAAAGAAAGAGUUCAAAAUGGCAACAGGAGAACCUAUUAAGCAUUUCAGAGAGCUGAGAGACUUUUAACUGCUAAAUAUUGUCCUAAAGAAGUAGCUAUUAUGCAUUGCAAAGGGCACAGCAGGGAUGCGAGUAAAGAAGCCAAAGGUAAUCAGCUGGCUGACUGUCAAGCCAGAAAAGCUGCAUUUUACUAAACCCCUUCACUCCAGAUGCCUUUGAACUGGACAGGUCCUGUGGAACAGGAAAAACCACAAUAUACUGAGGAAGAAUUAGAAAGAUACUGUAGGAGGAAAUGGACAGAACAGGCUUCAUCUUGAAAGCACGACUCCAUCUUGGGCCGGACUCCAUCUUGGACUUUGAGCUCUAUGCCCAGUAUCUAUGGAAACGACAUACCAACUGGAGAACCAGGCCCCUCGGAUGGAAGAAUCCCAGGGCUCAUACCUAGACUCUCCAUUGCCUAAAAGAAUACCCUGAUUAUCUGUGUAACCAAAUAGAAUCAUAAAUUCUAUUAUACUUAUUGGGGUAUGACUACAGGCCUAUGAUAAUUGUCCACUUGAAAAAGGAAUUAACAGGGCCUGGACCCAAUCUCAGGCCUGUUCAUGCUGAUCAUGCUCAGCCACCUCUCCAAUGGACUCUGGACUCUGUGCUUAGUGCCUAUGGAAACUACAACAGAAGGAUAAGACCCCCCUCUGGACAGGGGAAUCUUGAAGAUCACAUCCAGGUUACUCAUUGCCUAAGAGAAAACAUACUCUAAUCACCCCUGCCUCUGGACAGGAUCCUGAAGGAGAUGAGCUUCCCCCACCUCGUAUUGGAUGAUGGUUCCGCCAGCUAAUAGCACCGUGGCCACCAGAGGCCCAUCCGGAGGAACCAGCCCUAGACCGGUAAGCCUCCCAGACUCCUCAAGAGUCCCGACAGCUCCACACGUUGUAGAGCCAAACCGCCCCCCCGCCCCCCCGAACCACACCCGGCAGGCUCCAGAUUCAGCUGGAGGGACAAUGAGCCCACCGGACUCUACCAGCCCGGAUGCUGCCCCUAUGUUCCCUAAACUCUACCCUCCACUCCCGGUAAGUACUCCUGGACAAGGGGGAGGAACCACUGGCAUUAAACAAAGGCUCCGCUCUGCCAGAGAGCCAGAGGAAAAAAUACCCUUGCAGAUGCCCCUCAGAGAAGCUCAGCAACCCCCAGUGAUAGGGGAGGACGUACCUGUCACCAAGCUCCUGUAACCUAUUGCUAUCAGCCCUCUUCAUCAACCGAUACACUGAACUGGCAAAAUCACACCCCCUCUUACUCGGUGGAACCCCAGGGCGUGACUAGACUAAUGGAGACUAUUUUCCCCACUCACUGACCAACCUGGGACGAUAUAAUGCAAUUACUAGCAUCUCUCUUCAGUACAGAAGAGAGAUAUAGGAUCAACACUGAGGCAAGGAAAUGGUUACAGGAGAUGGUUCCUGAGGGCACUGCUAACCCAGAGAGGUGGAUAGAGCAAGUCUUCCCCACUGACAGACCUAAUUGGGACGUCAAUACAGAGGAAGAAAAAAUCCAAUUAGACAGAUACCAGAUGGUGAUUACACAAGGACUUAAAAGGGGAGACCAGAGGCUGAUGGACAUGUCUAAACUGGCUGGAAUAGUUCACAAGGGAAACGAGUCACCUUCCGAAUUUUACGAGAGACUUUGUGAGGCCUACAGACUCUAUACACCCAUAGAUCCAGAAGCUACGGGCUCCCAGAUUGUUAUCAAUUCAGCAUUUACCUCGCAAGCAUGUCCUGACAUACAACAAACGCUUCAAAAGACCGAGGGAGUUCUACCCAUGUCUAGUCCUCGGCUGAUUGAAAUAGCAGAUAAGGUGUUCUGGAAUAGGGACAAGGAAAUAGAAAAGAAAUACGAGAAAAGGUAUAAAGACGAGCAGAGGAGAACAGACGAGAGGUUUGCAAUGUUGGCUGCUGCGCUUGGAAAAUCUUCUGAAGACUUUUCCAGCGCCCAAGCAAAGAAACCCCCGCUAGCUUCGAGGUCAGGACAGCCCUCCAACUGGUCCCAACGGAGGCUACGGGCUGCAUUACAGCCAAAUCAAUGCGCCCAAUGCCGUGGGUUCGGUCAUUGGAAGAAUGAGUGCCCAGAAGGAAGAAGGGAGAAUAAAUCCCUCCCGGUUGCAGAACUCACUAACAUAGAGACUGAAUAGGGAUGCCAGGGCUCGAAGACUUCAGGUCCCCGAGAGCCCAUGGUAACUUUAAAAAUUGGGGACCAAGACAUUGACUUUAUGGUGGACACUGGGGUAGAAUUGUCCGCGGUGACUAAACCCGUGGCGCCACUGUCUAAAAGGACCGCCGCCGUAAGUGGGUUUCAGGAGAAGAAAUGGUUAAAUCAUUUUGCCAGCCCAGGAAAUGCCAGAUGGGGGGUCACCAAGUGACUCAUGAGUUCCUCUAUAUCCCUGAGUGCCCAAUACCCUGCUGGGGAGAGACUUACUCUCCAAACUGGGAGGACAAGUGACUUUCUCUCCUAAAGAGAGGCCCACUUUUUGGAUGGGCACAACAACCUACUUACUCUCCCUCUCUGUGCCCCCUCAAGACGAAUGCAGGCUACGUGAGCCCCCUGGAGAUAAACAAGGCCAGGCAACAGAGUUGGAGAGAAGGCUAACUCAGCUGUUCCCUGAGGUCUGGGGUGAAGAUAACCCCCCUGGGCUAGCUAGACACCAAGCCCCUGUAAUAAUAGAACUCAGAGCUGGCACCACCCCGGUGAGAAAGCGUCAAUACCCAAUACCCAUAGGAGCCCGAAUUGGGAUUCUGCCUCACAUCAGCAGGCUAAAACAGGCAGGCAUCCUGGUGGAAUGUCAAACAGCCUGGAACACACCAAAAUUACCAGUAAAGAAGGAAGGAGGACAAGACUAUAGGCCCGUACAGGAACUCAGAUUGGUCAAUCAGGCCACUGUAACUCUGCACCUGUCUGUCCCCAAACCCCUAUACUUACUUAGCCUCCUCCCACCUAAGACAAGGAUCUAUACUUGCUUGGACCUCGAAGAUCCUUUUUCUGUAUACGCCUAGCACCUGCAUCACAACCCAUUUUCGCCUUUGAAUGGGAGAACCCAAUCGGAGGCAAUAAGCAGCAGCUCACUUGGACACACCUCUCGCAAGGAUUCAAAAACACACCAACCAUCUUUGGAGAAGCCUUGGCCUCAGACCUGGAGCCUUUCCAGCCUGAAAGGUGUGGAUGUUGGCUCUUGCAAUAUGUGGACGACCUGUUGCUAGCCACUGAGACCUGGGAGGAAUGCUGUGAAGGGACCCCAGCGCUCCUCCACUGGCUGGCAGAAGCGGAAUCCCGAGUGUCGAGGAAAAAGGCACAAAUCUGCAAGGAGGAGUUGCAGGCAUCGCCUCUUGGAUCCAUCACACCAGAGCGAAGAAGGCAUACCACGCUGACCUGGAAGACGCCGAGUGGACCACCCAGAAGGACCCUACCGACCCACGGGAAACCAGGAUAUUCUGAAGAGGAAGAAGAAAAGGAGGUCCCGGACGAGCCCUCUAUAGAAUGGAGCUGGGUAAGCGACUCCUGCUACUCGGCUUCACCAACGCAAUGCUGAACCUGACCACUGUCCCGGUACAGGGCAACAUCUUCAUCUCAUGGGCACAUUCUUACGCAAACUUCCACAACUCCUCCAAUUGUUGGGUAUGUGGGGCUAUGCCCCUGUCAGUAACGGACGGACUCCCCUGGUGGGUAUCGCCACUUCAUGAUGGAGAUUUUCUACCACUGUGUUCUUUCUUGGAACAACAGAAAGGAGCUUUCAUUUCUCUCAGCAAUCAUGAUCUUUCUUUGCUCUCCUGGUGUAAGAAAGAGCCAUCAAUGGGCCUGGGACAUGGGGUUACAUUUAGCAUGAACGCUAGUCUUAAGGCACUAACAAGUGCUUAUAACUCAUAUACGAGCAAUGGACAGAAGAAAAGCACCCCUACCAAAGAGGAACAGACCUCCCGGUACCAUGAGGUAUACUACCAGGUCUGGGAUGAACAUUUCUGGAUGACUUCUGAGAGAGGACAGGUGAUUACUCCCGCUACAAUUUGCUGGGAACAAAAAGAACACAAAAUUGGAUUUGGAGACCUCCCCCUAGACCCAAAAGAUUUAAAAUAUAUGGGUUAUUUGUCCACUGAACAAUGUAAACAAAUCUUGGACGUAACCUAUCACCCCAGUCGGUCUGCUCAGUGGCCCGGUUCCGACUGGAAAUACAGUCCUGGAAUCCGCUGGGUAGCCCCCAAUGGGACCAAGUGGCUUUGUGGGCCUAACUUAUGGCCAUGGUUACCAGUUGGCUGGGUAGGGCGUUGCACACUAGGAUUUGUUUUCGCCCCUGGCAGAAUUAAGCCUCGCCUACACCAUCCUCCAGCAAACCUGCCCUAUCUGCAUGCAAGAUGGACACGAUCCACGUUCCAAUGGUAUGACUAUCUUGCUGGCUUCUUUGUACCCUCUAUAGGGACAGCGGAUAUCAUGGUUAGGGUAGAGGCCUUAAAUAAUUUCACUAAACAGGCCCUCUUAGACAGUAAAAAAGCCAUUGAAGCUUUGAAUGAAGAACAAUCUCAGAUGAGGAAGGCAGUAAUGCAAAAUAGGAUGGCAUUAGACAUACUCACAGCAGCCCAGGGGGGAACUUGUGCCAUAAUUAAAGUCGAAUGUUGUGUAUACAUCCCUGACCUGUCUGGAAAUGUAUCUGCUGCCAUGGAGGAUAUGCAAAAACAAGUGAAAGCCAUGUCUGGUGAAAAUAUUCCCUUUUGGACUUCGAUCCUGUCCUGGGUAAAGGGAGACUGGUGGAAAACUAUUAUAAAUGUUGUUAUCGUAUUCUUAAUCAUACUGGUUUGUGGGCCGUGCUUGUUACAAUGCCUUGUGAAUUUUGUAACCCAGAGGUUGGUAGCGUUGUCUCAUGUGGUUGACCAUAGGACUAACGUACAAUCUACCUCUCAAUGAAUGAUGCUCGUUACGGAAACUAAGAGCAUCAAGAGCGGGGAAUGAAGAAGGACUUCACAAGGCCUGGACCCCAUCUCAGGCCUGUUCGUGCUGAUCGUGCUCAGCCACCUCCCCAGUGGACUCUGGACUCUGUGCUUAGUGCCUAUGGAAACUACAACAGAAGGAUAAGACCCCCUCUGGACAGGGGAAUCUUGAAGAUCACAUCCACGUUACUCAUCGCCUAAGAGAAAACAUACUCUAAUCACCCCUGCCUCCGGACACGUCAUAAAUCUUUUCUGUAUCUAUCGCAAUGUAACCACAGGCUUAUUGAUUAUUAACUGGUUAGAAUGUAACCGUGAGCUUAUUGAUUAUUAACUUUCUGAACACAUAAGACAUGAAUGAUGGGUUAUUGUGAUUGUAUUUUCCCUUCCUUUGUUUAUGUAAGUCUCAAGGAAUUUGGGGUGGUGGGUUCGGACACGUACACAUGGGGUGUAAAAGAUUUUCACAAAUGCUGGUUGGGGUCCUU